AUGGGCAGCGUUGAAUACAAUCUUGAAGAGGAGCACACUGAGGCAUUAGACCUUACAGUGCAAAAGGUGUACCAGAAAGAAGAAUCAGCCACACCGUGUUUCACAACACCAGCAGGGAAUUUGCCAUGCCUAUUGCACCGUGCAGCAGGACCAGACACUAGGGUGUGCUUUUUUGGGGGAUUCGACACAGUGUCCUCAACACCCGGUGCAGUGAGAGACCUCUGUGGCGUUUCUGACAAUGUUUUCUCGCUCCUGCUAAGUCUCCUGCCCCACACGAGAGAUAAGAGUACUGAUGUCAGCCUUCCAAACAAACUUUUAAUAUUUCUAUUCAAAAUGAAGCAUGGAGUGCCUUUUAGUGCAAUUGCAGUAAUUUUUGGCAUUCAUGAAACAACAGCAGCACGAAUGUUUCAUGCAGUUCUGGGCACGCUUGCGGCUGCUACAAGAAAGUGGAUAUAUAAGCCACAUAUGCAAGUGAUACAGGAUACACGUCCAGAGUGUUUUAAGGUAAACUAUCCUGACUGUACACUCAUUUUCGAUUGCACUGAGGUGCACACAGAAACACCAUCAGAGGUGAGGCAACAACAUGUCCUCUACUCCACGUACAAAAGUGGCUUUACAUUGAAAUUUUUAGUUACGAUUGCCCCCUCUGGCCUCAUUAUAUUCAAGUCCAAAUCCUAUGGUGGGCGUUGCUCAGACACACAAAUCGUGCUGGAAUCAGGAUUCCUUGAUAUAAUUAGCCAACAUGAUGUUAUUCUUGCAGAUAAUGGUUUUCCUGGAAUACUAACAGGUGUAGCAGGUAAAAGUGCCGUACUGAUUAUGCCACCGUCCUCGACUGGCAACCAGCCUUUCUCACUUGCAGAACUGCAAGAAACGUACAAUGUUGCUCAAGUGCGCGUCCAUGUAGAGAGAGUGAUACAGCGCAUAAAAACUCAUGGAAUUUUGGAGCACCAUAUUCCUGUCAGUUUGAUUCCUACCAUGAGUGAGAUUUUUCAUAUGUACUGCAUUUUGGAAAAUUUGCAAAGUGCAAUAAUUCAAAGCAACAGAAACGCCUGGGGAAAAGAACGAAUUGACCACUUGCGGAACGUGCCACGCAAGACGGUAGAAGAAGAAGAAGAAGCAGCGCUCUACGACUGCCAUGGAUCCUACGACGGACGCGAGUUCGAAAAUCAAGAAAUCCAGCUCCUCCCGGCGCCGUCGCGCGUCCAGGGCAUCGGCCGCUUCUUCGGCGGCGGACGCCGAGGCGCCGGCCGAGGAGUCGAGCCGGCAGGCUGGAAACCUGAGCCGUAG